UUCCACCUAACACACUGUGGCCAUUAUUCUAAAUUAAUGGAUUCAUUGAGGCGCAGUUAACCUCCCAUGGUGAGAGCACUUCCUCAGGAGAUCAGCUCCAACUUUAUUCUCUUCAUAUUCUGCUAUAACAUGAUCAAUAAGAGGAAAAAAAUAGAUUCCACUACAACAACAUCCCUGGUCUAUAAGUACAGUUUUUUUUCUCUCAAAAGACUGAAAUGAGUUUAUUUGAGUUUGUUGCCAGACGUGGAGACAAUGGGCUUGAAUAAAACCUACAAUCUGGGUUCACACCUUGUUAACGAAGCCAUUAGUCUCCCUUUACAUUCGCUGAUGGGUGAUUUACAUUUGCGACCAAAUAGCAUCUUUACUGCUGUUUGCAGAGGCUCUGGCGACACUGGAGAGCAUCUGAUAUAAAAAGUGGAGCUUCCAGGAGGCUGCAGUCACUCCAUCUCCAAGUUGCUGCUUCGAGGACGCAGGAAGGAAUCUACUCACACUACUUCAGAGAUGUUUGUGCUGUUUGUGCUCAGCUUGGCCUCUCUGGUGUGCUCCACCACCGCCAGGCCUUCCACCAGCAGCUACCUGGAGAACCAUUUCUCCAACGACUCAGAGGAAGUAAGAUCAGCUGCCAUCAAGAGACUUUUGGAGGUUUUCGGCAUGGAUGACCCUCCUGCUAUCCAAGGACACAAGCAGCCACCUCAGUACAUGCUCGACCUGUACAACACGGUGGCUGAUGUGAACGGUGUGACCAGGGACCCGUAUCUUCUGGAGGGCAACACAGUGCGCAGCUUCUUUGACAAAUUGCGCAGUGAACAGGUGGAGUUCAGGUUCAACUUGUCCUCGGUUGCCAGAUCUGAGAAGGUUCUCACUGCAGAGCUCCAUCUCUUCAAGCUGCGACCUCAGGCAACGCUGACGUUCAACAGGCACCAUUUCUGCCAGGUUAGUGUUUUUCAGCUGCUUGACACCAGCAAAAACAACAGCACACAGGACAGGAAGCUGCUGUCUUCUCGACUUAUCCCAGUCCACUCUACUGGUUGGGAAGUGUUCACCAUUACACAAGCAGUCCGCUCCUGGAUGGUAGACGAAGGCAGCAACGUGGGGCUCCACGUGGUGGUUCGGACCCUGGGAGGAAGCCAGAUGGAUCUGAAACUGAUCCGCUUCGCUUCAGGACGCAACCACCACCAGAGCAAACAGCCCAUGUUGGUCCUCUUCACUGAUGACGGCCGCCGCUCGGCUACUCUUGAAAGCCCAGACCCAAACGAUACUACAGCCACUUCCAGCCUGCCCACGGCCCCCAUGUCAGGCCCCUCCUCCCGCAGCGUCCGCUCCGUGGACUACAGCGAGGAGGAAGGUACGUCCUCGCCCUGCCAGCGCCAGCCCCUCUACGUCGACUUCGAGGAGAUCGGCUGGUCGGGCUGGAUUGUGUCUCCCCGGGGCUACAACGCUUACCACUGCAAAGGCUCCUGCCCCUUCCCUCUGGGUCAGAACAUGAGGCCGACCAACCACGCCACCGUCCAGUCCAUCAUCAACGCCCUAAAGCUGAUCAAAGGCAUCGAUACGCCGUGCUGUGUGCCCGACAAGCUCUUCUCCAUCAACUUGCUCUACUUCGACGACGAUGAGAAUGUGGUGCUGAAACAGUAUAACGACAUGGUGGCCGGAAGCUGUGGCUGCCACUGACAUCAACUAGUUACUGAUGUCGGGCUGCACAGACGUUCAUAAAAAAUACUAUGUAAAUCUGGGUUUUGGUGACUUUAAAACUCAACUAAUGAGUAAUGUGCAGAGUCCCAUAUGUGGCGUUGUAAUAUAUGUAAAUAUCCAUAAAUUAUAAUAUAUGGCAGUGAUGGAAGUGAUAUCCUGUGAAAGAUGUGAAUGUGUAUAUUUUAUGUUUUCUA